UUUAUUUUAGGAGUUUAAGUGCUUUUUUAAUUAUUGAUUAUGUUUCAUUUUUAGGAACAUAUUUUUUGUGGAAGGAUUUAUAUGAUAUAAAAUGUGUGUUUUUAUUUAUGUAUUAUAAAUUAUACUUGAAAUUUAUAACAAUGCCAACACUUUAAGGAAGUACAAAAAUAACAUUCAACAAUUCAAAGUAGAGCUGUGUCAACAUUGAUGUGUCUUCAUGAUGAAGCGAGGAGAAACAAUUGAAGUAAUUUCAGUACAAGAUAAAGUUGAUAAAUCAAGAAACAAAAGUAAUAAAACAGCCAAUGUUCAAGAAGUUUCACACCCCAAUGAAAUUCCACAGUUGAAAAACAGUAAUAUUAUGAUAAACAGCGGUGACGACUGUUGCAUUGUAAGCAAUAACAUUGAGGACCAUUAUGAUCCCUUCAGUAACAAUAGUGGGGAUGACGUAAGAGAGAACUCACACCUGAGCAAUAUUGUGGGUCCAUUUGCUGAUGACAGACCAAUCUGUGAGUGUGACACCAUCAAACAGCUGAUGGCUAGGACUGAGACCCGGUAUCUGCUCAGCCUUCUUCCUGACAUGGCGGAGAUGAAUCCACAUCAGAAGUUGGUGUUCAAAGAGAAAGUUUUACAGAUAAUUGAUAAUGUAUUAACUAAUGUAAGUUGAAUAUGUUUUACCUUUGUAACUACCAUCUAUUUUGUGGCUAAUAUUAAAAGUAUUUCACUGUUA